GACGAUGCCGUCCGCUCGACAUACCGCAAUGCUUAUACUGCUGCCGGUCGUCGUCGGUUAGUCCGCAGUUGACGUUCGUUGCGUUUGGUCGUAAUUGCCAGUUACGGGUUACUGUCUUCUGGCAGGUGGUAAACCAGCAACCAUAAAACAGAUCAGCAAAUUGUUAUACAAAGUGGUGGAAUGGUCGAAGGCUGGUUGUGAGGUCGCGUUUCACGUGCUAUCCGGUGUUGUCAUACCAAGUGUGUUGUUUAGAGUGGAAGGAAGACAAACGGAUAGAAUUAUACGUGCGAAUGGACCCGCUUUGAAGUGUUUCAAGCGCGGAGUGGAAUUGCCAAGUACGACGAGAGAUUUGAAAAGUACCUUACCGGUUGAUUUUCAUCGUAGUUUAGUGGUUCGCCUGUAGCGCGAAAUAAAAAACAAACAAACUCGCAGCAGGUUUUUAGACUAACAUUGAACUUAGGAAGAUAGGGAAACAAUAUCGUCGAAAUUGGUGCUUGCGCUGGUGGGUGCUUAGUAUCCGUUGAGAGUACAAUCGUGUCCUUUGUGAAUGGUUACACAACGAAAGCGACAAGCAGGGGAUUCGCGAGAGGGCGAGUGUGUUGUGGUUCAGAAUUGGAAAUUAUUAUUUUUUUGCGGAGUGUAAUCGAACGGCUGAUUUAGCAGCAAAGAUAACGUGCUAGUUUAUGACAGUGAAAAAAAAUGAAAAUUUACGGCGCACGCAUCUGGAGCUAGUCAUCCGGAAGCAAUGAACUGUAGCGAACAGAAACCGCGCAGAAAAUAUAGUGCACGCGGCCGAUUAGCAGCAGAACACGAACUUCAAACAACAUCAAAGACCCACCGGAGAGUGAUGUUUCCAAUAACGCAAACGGUGCAGCUCCUGUGGCUGUGGGUGGCCGUGGCAGUACUGCCAAUCGAACCUGCGGUUUCCGCCUCCGCCACCAGUUCGGUUUACGUGGAAAAAUCCGCGUACAAAAAUAUCGUCAUCGAGAUAAGGGAUAACGUGCCGGUGGAAAACUGCCAAACCAUUCUGCACAAUGUCGAGAUCAUGCUGACUUCGGCCUCGCAGUAUCUCUUCUCGGCGCUGGACGGUCGGGUAUACUACGGAGACAUUACCGUCAUUUUACCACCCCAUUGGCCUAAUUCUUGCAUUCCGUACAACCAAACGCGAACCUCGGCCAGUGGCGAGCGAAGUGACGUAACGAUCAAAACACAUUCCAAAACCGAAUCUCCCUUCUGGACGAAACAGUUUGCGGGCUGUGGCGAAAUGGGCGAUCAAAUCUUCAUCGAUGCUGACAUCCUGGGACGGGACACCAUCGGUCGGGAAUUUGUCCGUGAGUGGGCCAAAUAUCGGUACGGUGUUUUCGAUGAGGUCGGUUUCACCAAGGAUCUUAUUUACCCUCGGUGCUAUAUCAACGAUGACCACGAGCUAAAGCUGACAGGUUGCUCGGACGCUCCGGUUCACGACCGUGGUCUCUGUGGCAGUCCUGCAUCCUACAAUAUCAGCGACAUCGUGGAUAGGAAUGCUCGUUCAAGCAUUAUGUUUGCCGCAGAAGCUCCUAGCGUGACCAUGUUCUGCGAUGAGGGAACUCACAAUCGGUACGCUCCUACCAAACACAAUCAGCUGUGUGACCGUCGCAGUACUCUGGAUGUAAUCCUGAAGCAUCCAGAUUUCAUCAUGGAAAAUCAAAUCAACGUCAACCCAUCGAUCAUAAUCAACACCACACCAAAGUUCAGCUACAAAACUCGUAAAUCGACUCGGUAUGUAAUCAUCAUCGAUGAAACGCUUGACAUGCAGAUGCGAGAAUCCUGGAGUUUUCUACGUUCGGCUAUACGGAAGUGGGUCGUUUACGAUCUACCGGCCAACACUGAGGUGGGAAUGGUUCUAGCAAACGACACAGCCACAGAAAAGAUACUCCAGAUCUCCUCGCUUUACAUCCAGGAAAACAAAGAUCUUGUCGCGUCAUUUAUUCCAUAUUCACCAAGCGAUUCUCGUCAACCGGCGUGUUUGAGCUGUGCAGUAGCGGACGCCAUCCACCUGCUGAACGAACGUACCCGCAUGAACGGACCCGCCAACUCGAUCAUUCUGGUGAUCGCUCCCGGAAUGGAAUAUUCCAUCGAUCAUGUCUCGCUGGCAGCCUCCGCCAGUGCUUCGCGAAUUCGCAUCUCUACCAUCAACUAUCCGAACGUGAUUCGGCGCCAACCGCUGGACGCACUUGCAGUGUCUACCGGCGGUGCUGCGUUCUCGGUCUUUGAGAGUAAGUACAAUCAAGAAAAGAGCUACUUGACAACCUAUUUCGAGCUGACCAACGCACUAUCCAACAUCGGUCGGCAGUACUACGAAGGAAACAAAAACGAUUUGCCGAUCGAAAUUUACCGUAAGGAAUUGCUGGAUUCAGAUGACAACGAUGCUACCCAUAUGAUGUCAAAGCGAACCAGCCAAAUUGUGACCGGCAGCUUCCACCUGGACUCGUUCAUGGGACCUCCGGCUUACUUUUUCGUCUAUGUUCAUAAUCCAGAGUCACCACUGAUUGCUAACAUGAAACUGACCAGCCCGAGUGGUAUUGUUUACUCGUCCAGAAGUGACGCUCGAUCCUUGGUUAAACAGCUGAUGGUGUCUGCUACGCUCAACGAAACCGGCAGCUGGAGCUAUAAAAUUGACCGAUUCAAUGGACAUCCUCAGCCGCAUUACGUGCAAGUACUCGCGACACCACGUUCCAAGUAUGCACCAACAAUUCAAGCGCGAUCCUGGAUUCGGCAGCGAGUCGGUAGUCCCCCCGUAAUUUACGCUGAGGUUAAAAGAGGAGACUUGCCUAUUAUUGCCGCUCUAGUGGAAGUCACAGUGUCCCGCCCGGAUGGCAUUUGUCCGGCCGGAAGCGGCAACGAGUGUCGUCAGAAAUUUCGACUACUAGAUACUGGUUCCGGAGAUCCAGAUAUUACCAAAAAUGAUGGAAUUUACUCGCGAUACUUCAAUGCAGAUGACUUCGGCGGUGCAGGAGCUUACCAGUUUGAGGUGACAGCAACCGAUAAUGGAAACAUGGCUUACACCCGGUCGGAAAGUGUACUCAAAGGUGCUCCAUCCAGAUGUUGUGGAAGCACCGUUCGAACGACCUUGAUGUCCUCAAUUGUUCCGUUCCAACGGACACUCCAGCCCAUCACGGUGUUUCUAUCACAGGAUCAACUGGAUGAAAUCGGCUCGCGUACGAUUGGAAAGAUAAGCGACUUGAUAGUGGACAUCGAUGGUAUGAGGGUGCGCCUUAACUGGACAACCCCGGAUAUGGGAGGAAAAAACAUCGCCCGCUACGAGAUUAAAUACGCUACAUCGAUUCGCGACGUUGUAGAUUAUUUCGAUACAGCCGCAUUUUUGUGGCAUCAUGAUACGCCUCUUAUCAAUUCUGUUGGUGAUGAAAGUUCCUUCACAAUGAACUUAUCCCACGAGCCUCAUCUCAUCGGACAGAUCCUUUACUUCGCUGUCCGAGCACACGCACUCGGUGUAGCCGGUGGAUCAACUUCGAACUACGUAAGAGUAUUCGUACCAAAGCCGAAACGAGCCACUUCACUGUCGCCAUCCACUUCAGUCGGGACGGAAAGUUACGAAUCCGUCUGGUCAUCCUACGACGAAAUCCGUGAAAGUCACAACCGACGCGUUAACAUUCAUCAAAGAAUCGCCGACACAAUCAGCCUGGAAGUUGAAGUUCUCCUUGCCAUCAUAGCAGGAGUUAUAUUCCUAAUUAUCAUCAUUCUCGUUUGUUGUUACUUCUACUUUAUAAAAAAACGAAAUAAUUCCAACGGGGACGACCAGAAGCGUCCCAUUAAACCAUUCACCAGCGAGACAAAAACAUCACUAGGGCACAGUGUUUUCGUAACAGCAGGCAACGUAACAUCUUCCUCAUCCAACGCGACCAGCUCGACAUCCGCCUCACCGGACUACGUCCAGCAGACGAAUGUUAGUCCGAACAUCCCGACCAUCUACAACUCCCGGACGCUUCCCAUCGAACAGAAACUGAUCGAUGAACUGAAGCACCAGCAACAGAUGGCGGACACGCAGUCAUUCGUCCUCUCACCGAACGACGCCAUCAACUACAACAGCACCCUGUCACGUGGAUACGAACCGACGGUAACCAUCAACGACAACCGCACGCUGAGUCCAUUCGAGUCGUGGUCCGCUUCGCAACUGCUUCAGGAGCAUGAACAACACCAGCGUCGGCGGAGCCCGAGUCUCAUCGACAACUACCUGGACAAUGACGUCCAGCAGUUCUACGCAAGCCAGCAUGAUCAGAUGUCCCUGCUAAACAGUAGCAAUCCUCCGAUGCCACCACCACCCGUAUACACUACAGCAAAUCCGCCUUACUACUACGAACAGCAGCAAGCACACCAAUUGCAGCAGCAGCCACAUCAACAACAGCAACAACAUCCAUAUGGCCAAGAUCAGCUGAGCGCGAUGACAACGCCGCUGCACGUCACCAUUACGUAAUAGGCGUCAGCCGGAGCCCGGAACGCCGCUCAACCAAAACGUACCUUCGUAAACCCUAUGCCAGAUAGAACCCAAAUAGAAGAGACUACAUCGCCUGCGCGAAGACCGCUGUCUUCCGCCGCCAGUGUCUCCGCUUAGCGAUGUUUUGGUGGCUGUGAUGCACGAUGCUUGAACCACACAACAAUAAUAAUUUCAUUGCCGGAAAGACUGAUUUCAAGCCGAGCGCACCCGUAGGAUUUAGUUGAAGCAUUCGCACACUGCGUUGGGAUUGAUGUCUGUGAAAGGAGUUUUAUUUUUUCACGUUAUCUCAGAUGUGUUUCCUCGAUGUCGACUUCGGGCGGCCCGUCCGAUAGAUACUCACGCAAAUUAGGAAUUCUCGAUAGGUGUUGCUAGUCUCGCGUGUGAUUCAAGGUGUUAAACUUGAAGUUGCUUUGGAUCGUUCGAUGAAUGUACAUACACUAUAAGAAUGUAGAGGCCAGUAGUAGUAGGAUAUAAGAUACUAAAUGAUGUACAUAAAGGUAGCCCAAAUUAUAAACUGAUAACUGAAUGGAAGUUUA